ACACACACACACACACACACACACACACACACACACACACACACACACCUCUGACAAGGCGUGAAACGAUGGCGUUUGACUUGAGUGUGUUGCCUGACUUGACGCUGCCGGACCGCUUUAAGCACACGGCGAGUGAUCUGAGCCGCGAUGUCAAGUGGCAGGUGCGCAACGACGCGCUGGCGCGCCUGGACGCCGUGGACCCCAUCCUCAGGCACGUGCUGGAGGUGAAGGUUGUUCGCAACCAGCGCCGAAACUUCCUCAACCUGCGCGUGCGGCAAGACUACGCCACGCUCAUCUUCCAGCACCCGGGUGCAGACAACGUGCGCUACUGCUUCUUCAUUUCGGACAAGCUCGAGCCGUUCAUCACCAUCACCGUCCUCUCGCCGGACGAGGGCAAGCUGGGGCGGCUGACCGCGCAGCAGGUGGUGGAGCUGGAGGAAGGCAUCACCCGCUUCAAGACGCGCUUUGGCAUUGUGGGCGAGUCAUACCAUUACACGCCGCUGCAGGAGAGGCGCGAAACGGACGAGUUUGUGCGACAGACGUCGGUCGACAGGGCCAGCAAGGCGCACUCGACGCACUUCCACCUCAAGAUGCGCAUUGCAACGGAGAUGUACAAGGACAAGUUCCCCGUGCUGCAGCUGAUGAACUUUGACAGCAUGCGUCGAACGCUGGACCACAUCAAAUACAACUACAGCCGAACCACCGUACCGUGGGACCGUGUCAAGGCGCAGAUCCAACACGACGCCAUUCCAGAAUGAACCCCCGCUUAGGUUGUGUCUGUCUGUGUGUGUGUGUGUGUGUGUG